AAUUAACACCACGAAAAUGGAGGAGCUGAGAGCUCAGUUGUCACUACUGCUGACUGGUACGUUACAACAAUCCAAACUCUCCUCUCUCUUUCUUCUCAACGCAGCGAGUGAGAGAUUGAAAAAAAAAUCCCCAAAAAUCUGACAUGCAUUGCUUGUAAACCCUAAUUUUGGAGAGUUCGAAGCCAGCAUUUCUACUGUCAGCGGGUUUAGGGUUCAUUUUUCACUCCGAUCGAGCUCACUGUAAACAGAUUUUGAAUCCAAUGGGGGCGUCUUCGAAUGCCAAGGGAGAUAUCGGUAUGAGCAGCAAGGGAGAAAGUUUUACAAAUGGUGUUGACAUGGACAUCGAUGAUAGUGACUAUGAUGAUGAACACGAUUACUCGACUAGCCUUAACGACCUGGGGGAAGGACUUCUGAUGAAUUUCUGUAAGGAGGCAGCAACGUCAUUCUUCGUUGAGUAUGGCCUCAUUAGUCAUCAAAUCAACUCAUACAAUGACUUUAUAAAAAAUGGCAUACAAAGGGUCUUCAGUUCUUUUGGUGAGAUUGUGGUUGAGCCUGGCUAUGACCCGUCGAAGAAGGGAGAUAACGAAUGGCGCUAUGCUUUAGUGAAGUUUGGGACUGUUACCCUUGGCAGGCCAAGUUUUUGGGGUGGUUCUGACAAUGAUAAGGAGUAUAAUAUGUUGCCUAGGCAUGCUCGACUUCAGAACAUGACAUACUGCUCUAAGAUGAAAGUGAAUAUCACCGUCGAGGUAUAUAAUCAACGACUUGUCAGCAGCGAUAAGUUUAAGACUGGAAAAGAACGAUUUCUUGACAAGGAAAUUUUAAGUACAGAUACCAGAGACAUUACAAUUGGUAGUGUCCCUGUGAUGGUGAAGUCUGACUUAUGCUGGAUGAAGGACGUUGAGAAAGGUGACUGUGAUUUUGAUCAUGGAGGCUAUUUUAUAAUCAAGGGUGCAGAGAAGACAUUUAUUGCACAAGAACAGAGCUGUCUGAAGAAACUUCUCAUCACAAAUAAUCAGGGUCUGACAGUAGCAUAUAGGUCAGAGGUGAAGAGGCAUAGGUUAAUAAUUAGGCUAGUUGGAAUUUCUAAACUUGAAAACAUUGAAGGAGUAGAGAAAGUCCUUACUGUUUACUUCAUGUCGACAGAAAUCCCUGUGUGGGUAUGGUUUUUUGCGCUUGGCAUUUCAUCGGAUAGAGAAGUUAUUGAUCUGAUUGAUUAUGGUAGUGAAGAUGCCAGCAUUUUGAACAUACUUUUUGCCUCAAUCCGCGAUGCCGAUAAAGCUACUGAAAAAGUGGAUGGGGGCUUCCGUAGGGGGAAGAAUGCCCUCAAAUAUGUGGAUGAUGUGAUAAAGAAAACUGCAUUUCCACCUGGGGAAAGCAUCGAAGAGUGCAUUAGCUUGUAUCUUUUUCCCAAUCUCAGAGGCCUAAAGCAAAAGGCUCGCUUUCUUGGGUAUAUGGUGAAGUCCCUGUUACAAGCCUCCGCUGGUCGCAGGAAAUGCGACAAUAGGGAUGACUUUAGGAACAAGAGGUUGGACUUGGCAGGUGAGCUUCUCGAACGAGAGCUAAAGGCGCAUAUCGGACAUGCGAGGCGGCGCAUGGCAAAGGCCUUGCAGAGAGACCUUUACGGUGAUCGGGUUGUGCGGCCAAUUGAACACUACCUAGAUGCCUCCAUAGUUACUAAUGGCAUCUCGAGAGCAUUCUCAACUGGAGCAUGGUGUCAUCCCUUCAAGAGAAUGGAGAGGAUGUCUGGUGUAGUGGCUAAUGUUGGGCGAGCGAAUCCGCUGCAGACAAUGAUUGAUAUGCGGAAGACAAGGCAGCAGGUUCAAUAUACAGGGAAGGUUGGAGAUGCAAGAUACCCGCAUCCUUCUCACUGGGGUAAAGUUUGCUUUCUCUCAACCCCAGAUGGUGAGAAUUGUGGGCUUGUAAAAAAUUUGGCUACCACUGGAUUAGUAAGUACGAAUAUAUUGGAAUCUCUACUACCUGAAUUGUCUCUCUGUGGAAUGGAGAAAUUGGUGGAUGAUACUUCUACCUCACUGCAAGGGAAGCUCAAAGUUUUUCUGAAUGGGGACUGGGUUGGAGUUUGUGAAGAUUCCCUCUCAUUUGUCUCGGAACUCAGGAGGAUGCGACGUAGGAAAAAGUUGCCACCUCAGGUGGAAAUCAAAAGAGAUGAAAAGCAAGGAGAAGUACGAGUAUAUUCUGAUGCUGGAAGGAUCCUACGCCCUCUCUUGGUAGUUGAGAAUUUGAACAAGAUAAAAGCAUUUAAAGGGGGAAAGUAUCCAUUCCAGUAUUUUCUUGACAAGGGAAUAAUCGAGCUUAUUGGAGCUGAAGAAGAGGAAGACUGUAGUACUGCAUGGGGCAUUAGUUAUCUGUUCAUGGAAGAAAAGGGAAAAUCAGCUGUAAAGUACACACACUGUGAGCUGGACAUGUCAUUCCUGUUGGGUUUAAGCUGUAGCAUUAUCCCAUUUGCGAAUCAUGACCAUGCAAGGAGGGUCCUCUACCAGGCCCAGAAGCACUCGGCGCAGGCUAUUGGGUUUUCGACCACAAAUCCUAACCUUCGAGUGGAUACGCUGUCUCACCAACUGCACUACCCCCAGAGGCCACUUUUUCAGACAAUGACGUCUGACUGCCUUGGCAAACCAGGACACCAACUGGGUCAAAACAGAGUUUUGCCAAAGCCCGAAUUGCACAAUGGUCAGAAUGCGAUUGUGGCAGUCAAUGUUCACUUGGGAUUCAACCAAGAAGACAGCAUAGUAAUGAACCGGGCAUCAUUGGAACGUGGUAUGUUCCGAUCUGAGCAUAUCAGAAGUUACAAGGCUGAGGUUGACAACAAGGACUCCCUGGAAAAAAGGCGGAAGCCUGAUGAUUGUGUCAAUUUUGGCAAGAUGCAGAGCAAGUUUGGCCGGGUUGACAAUCUCGAUGAGGACGGCUUUCCAUACGUCGGUGCAAACUUGCAGAGUGGUGAUAUCAUCAUCGGGAGGUGCAGUGAAUCAGGAGCUGAUCAUAGCAUCAAACUGAAGCACACCGAAAGGGGAAUGGUUCAGAAGGUUGUGCUUUCUUCUAAUGACGACGGAAAAAACUUUGCUGUUGUUUCUAUGAGACAGGUUCGCUCACCGUGUCUUGGAGACAAGUUCUCGAGCAUGCAUGGGCAAAAGGGGGUUCUAGGUUUUCUGGAGUCCCAAGAGAACUUCCCUUUCACAGUACAGGGGAUAGUUCCAGAUAUUGUUAUAAAUCCCCAUGCAUUUCCGUCAAGACAAACUCCUGGUCAACUCUUAGAAGCUGCUUUAGGGAAGGGAAUCGCCUCUGGUGGUCAGAAGAGAUGUGCCACCCCAUUCUCUACUCUCUCUGUCGAUGACAUCGCAAAACAACUGCAUAGGGCUGGAUUUUCAAGAUGCGGAAAAGAGAGAGUGUACAGUGGUGGAACCGGUCAAAUGGUUCGUUCCCUCAUAUUCAUGGGCCCCACCUUUUAUCAGCGCCUGAUUCACAUGUCUGAAGACAAAGUAAAGUUCCGGAACACUGGGCCAGUCCACCCUCUCACCCGUCAGCCAGUGGCAGAUCGGAAGCGAUUUGGAGGGAUCAAGUUUGGAGAAAUGGAACGUGACUGCCUAAUAGCACACGGAGCUUCGGCAAACUUACAUGAGCGCCUAUUCACUCUCAGUGACUCCUCCCAGGUGUAUAUCUGCCAGAAAUGCGAACACGUAGCUAAUGUGAUCCAACGGUCGGUUGAAGGAGGACGUAAGAUCAGGGGUCCGUACUGCCGGAAUUGCAAUUCUGCAGAUGAUCUUGUGAAGGCAAACGUCCCGUAUGGAGCGAAGUUACUGUGCCAGGAGCUGUUCAGCAUGGGGAUCAGUUUGAAGUUCGAGACUCGGUUUUCUUAAGAGUGAAGGAGUAGUUGUGGAAUGGGGGAACCUAAAUCUGACUGAUGAAUAUUUUGAUUAGUACCAAUCGGCAGCGUUUGUAUAAUUUGUUGCUACAACUUGUUAUUAGGACAUCUGAAAUUCUAAUGGUCUCUUUAGAGAAUCUGAAAAUGUGGGCUAGUCCACUUGACAAGGACAAUGUGCUCGCCCUCUUGCAUUCAGGUUCAAAUCUUUCGCCCCCAUAAAUUUGAUGGAUCACUUGUUUGUUUGGAUCA